AUGGGCUUUUAUGAAGGAGCGUCUGUUCAUCCACGAAACCCAGAAACAAAUCUUCAGGAUAAUUCCGUAAAUAUUCCCAUUCUCACUUCUUCAUCUUCUCCAGAUCUUGACGGAGAUUACAAUGAGAAAGGAAUCAAAACCCGUUUGAAGAAGAUGAUAUUUGAUCUGGGAUUCGCUUGUUUCCUUCCUCCUCCAGCUGGAUCAAGCUCAAUCGAGAACUCCGGCAACAAUGAAGGCGGAGGAAGCGGCGGAGAGAACAACAAGGCGUGGCUUUUAGCUGAAACAGCUCCGGAGAAUAUGAACCCUGAUCCUCACUCGGUUCAUUCAUCGUUUAGAUUCAGUCUCUGCUCACAAAUUGAGCUGGAGAAGAUGAAAGGAGGAGAAUCUUCGUUAUCCGCUUCAUCGUCUAGCCGGAAUUUAUCAGUUUCCGGUGGCUCCGCGACGGUUUUGAUGGUGAAUCUGGAGAAUGGAGUUAAGGAAACUGGGAAUUCCACCGACGAUUUGAGGUGGACGAGAGCUCGAUCGCUGGAAAAGAGUAUUUCUCCGGUGGCUAAUACUCUGGUUCGAUUCAGCUACGGCGAAAUCGUCGCCGCCACUCGUAAUUUCUCCAAAGGGAGAGUGUUGGGAAGAGGAGCUUGUAGCUAUGUGUUCAGGGGUAAAAUCGGAAUUUGGAGAACAGCUUUAGCAAUCAAGAGACUUGAUAAAGAAGACAAAGAAUCUCCAAAAUCUUUCUGCAGAGAGUUGAUGAUCGCAAGCUCUCUUCACAGCUCCAACAUUGUGCCUCUUCUUGGAUUCUGUAUAGAUCCAGAAGAAGGUCUUUUCUUGGUUUACAAGUAUGUCUCUGGUGGUAGCCUCGAAGACUAUUUACACGAUAAGAAGAAGAAGAAAGGCUUGAAAGCUGCUUUUGGUUUGCCUUGGUCAGCAAGGUACAAAGUAGCAUUAGGGAUCGCAGAUGCUAUUGCUUAUUUGCAUAAUGGAACAGAGCAAUGUGUUGUUCAUAGAGAUAUCAAACCUUCCAACAUUCUUCUUUCCUCAAAGAAGAUACCAAAGUUGUGUGAUUUCGGUUUAGCUACUUGGACCGCUGCACCUUCGGUUCCUUUCCUCUGCAAGACCGUGAAAGGCACAUUCGGAUAUCUAGCUCCAGAGUAUUUCCAACAUGGUAAGAUCUCUGACAAGACCGAUGUUUACGCCUUUGGUGUUGUCCUGCUUGAGCUACUAACAGGAAGAAAACCAAUCGAACCAAGAAGAUCAUCUGGUGAAGAAAACUUGGUUGUUUGGGCGAAACCGUUGUUGGAUAGAGGGAUUGAAGCUAUAGAGGAGUUUCUUGAUCCGAGAUUGAGAUGUACAAGAAAGAACUCGGUUCACAUGGAGAGGAUGGUUCGUGCUGCGGCGGCGUGUGUGAUCAACGAGGAGUCACGAAGACCUGGCAUGGAAGAGAUUGUAUCGAUCUUGAAAGGAGGAGAAGGAUUAGAGCCAAGAACAUACUCGAGCAGAAAGAACACGAAUCUUUCGGGUAUAAUCGAUACUUAUACACAGUUGCAACAAACCAAAUCCGAGAUGAAAUGUCAUCUUGAUCUUGCUAUGCUCGGUGUAACUGAGUUUGAAGACGAUGAUCAUUUGUACGGACGGUGA